CCUCCUUAGCGCCUGGUUCCCUUGUCCCAAAGCUGUGUUCACGAACAGCAAGGAGUUUGAUUUCAAGGCUUUCUUCAUUCCUGGCUGUCUGCUUUUGCUACUGAAGGGACAGCCACACUCUACCAUCUACACAGCCUCAGGAAAAGAAAGGGACUUCAAACCUUCCAAAUCGAUUUCUCUCCUAGGAAACUAUUGGGCACAGGAAUAAAGAUGGCUGCUGAAUCAGUAGAAGACGAUUGCCUCAACUUUGUGGGAAUGAAAUUUACUGACAAUACACUUUACUUUAUAGCUGAAAAUGAUGAAAACCUGGAAUCAGAUCACUUUAGCAAGCUCGAACCUAGAUUCUCAGUCAUACGAAAUUUGAACAACCAAGUUCUCUUCAUGUACCAGGAAAGACACCCUCUGUUCGCAGAUAUGACUGAUGCUGACUGUGCAGAAAAUGCAUCCAAGACGAAAUUCAUCAUAUAUGUGUAUAAAGAUAGCCUCAUUAGAGGUGUGGCAGUAGCCAUCUCUGUGAAGUGUAAUAAAAUGUCUACUCUCUCCUGUAAGAACAAAAUUAUUUCCUUUAAGGAAAUGAAUCCUCCUGAUAACAUCAGUGAUGAAAAAAGUGACAUCAUAUUCUUUCAGAGAUGUGUUCCAGGACAUGACAAGAUAAUAUUCGAGUCUUCAUUGUAUGAAGGAUACUUUCUAGCUUGUAAAAAAGAGAAUGGCUUUUUCAAACUCAUUUUGAAAGAAAAGGACAAAUUUGGUGAUAAAUCUAUAAUGUUCGCUGUUCAAAGCAAGGACUAGGUAUUAAAAUUGCAGUAUGACUUGAGUUUUUGUCUUUCAGAAAAGAGUUUGGGCCUAUAAUUGUAGUGAUGAAAUAAGUAAUGAUCUCAACAGAUACCACUAUGAAAUGAAUAAUAAGCUUUCACAAAAUUGAAAUGACUCCCCCUUAUCCAGAUGAAUAAAAUAUUUGCAUAGUAAAAUGAAUGCAUAGUUUGAAAACACACUCUACAUCUUUAAUUGGAACAUAGAUUAUAUUCAGUAGAAGUGUUUUAAAUCUUUUGGGUUAAUGGUCCUAAUGAUGAAAGAUACCCAUAUUUGAAUUUUCUGUUAAUAUCAUUAAAACCAUCAAGAUUUUAUAAAGAGACCAUUGACUUGACUAAUUUCUGCAUUUCUUCCAAAGUCAGGAUAUCUUUAAUAGUCAGAUUGAUCCUGAAUCCAGCAACAUAUAAAAAGGAUUGUACACUCUGAGCAAGUGGCAUUCAACUCAGGAAUGCAAAUGGUUUAAUAUUUUAAAAUCGAUUAAUGUAAUAUGUUAAUAGAAUAAAGGAUAAAACCACAUAAUCAUCUCAAUAGAUGCAGAAAAAGCAUUUGACAAAAUCCAAUUCAUAAUAAAAAUUCUCAACAAACUUGAAAGAGAAGAGAACUUCCUCAUUGUGAUAAAGGGUAUCUGUGAAAACCUACAGCUAAGUAGGUUGAAAAAAAUGCAACAAUGUCAGCUCUUGCAACUUUUAUUCACAAUAUAGUGGAGGUUCUAGCCAGUACAAUCACAAGAAAAAGAAAAGACAUCCACAUUAGAAAGGAAGAAGUAAAAUUGUCCAUAUUUGCAGACAACAUGGUUCUGUAGGUAGAAGAUCAGAAUACACACACUUAUGUGCAUACAAACAUGCACGCAAACCCGCUAUUAAACAAUUUCAGCAAGGUUGCAGAAUAUAAUAUUAUGAAAAUAAAUUGCAUUUCUAUAUACAAGAAUGAAUCAUCUGAAAAUAAAAUCAAAUUCAAUAUUACUAAAAAGAAAUAUAAAAAUAAAUUUAGCAAAAGAAAUGCAAGAUUUGUACAAUAAAAUUUUCAAAAUAUUGCUGAAGGAAAUCAAGUAUGAUCUAAAAUGGAGAGACAAUCCAUUUUCAUUAAUUGGAAGACUCAAUAUGUUAAGAUGCAAGUUCUCCCCAAAUUGAUCCAUAGAUUCAACUCAAUUUCUAUCAAAAUUCCAGCAGGCUUUUUUUGCAGAAAUUGACAAGCUGUACCUAAAACGUACAUGGAAAUCAAAAGACACAGAAUAGCCAAAAUUUUUUUAAAAGAACAAAGUUGAAGAACAACUUUCAUUUCCCAAUUUUAAAGAAUUAUAAUCUACAGUUAUCAGAAGUUUGGUACUAGCAUAAGGAUAAACAUAGAUCAAUGGAACAGAUUUGAGAAUUCAGGAAUAAACUCUUAUAUUUAUGGCCAGUUGAUUUUUUGACAAAGGCAGCCUGAUAGAAAAGGAGAAUUUUCAACAAAUGGUGCUGGGACAAUUGUAUAUCUGCAUAAAAAAUAAAUAAAUAAAAAUAAAAAAAAGUAGACUCUUACCUCACACUGACUACAAAAAUAAUUAAAAAUGGAUUAGAGACAUUAAUGUAAGAGCUAAAGCUAUAAAACUUUUAGAAUAAAACAGGAGAAAAUGUCAAGACCUUGGGUUAGGCAAACAUUUUUUAGACCCAACCCAAGAAGUAUGAUCCAGAAAAGAAAAAAAAUUAAUAAACUGGACUUACUCAAAAUUCAAAAUUUGGGAGUAAAACUGGGUGAAGGAUACAUAUAACCUGCCUAUAAUAUCUUUGCAACUUCCUGUGAAUCUUUACUUAAAAGUUAAAAUGUCUUUAAAAACAACUUUGCACUGAAAUACCACUAAGAAAAUGAAAACACAAGCCAAGGACUGGAGAAAGUAUUUGUAAAUCACAUAUAUGGGGGGAUAAAAAAGAAAGAACUUGUAUCCAGAAUGUAAAAGAACUCUUAUAACUCAAUCAGAAGACAAUCCAAUUUGUAAAUGAGCAAAAGAUUUCAAUACACAUUUUUUCAAUGAAGAUAUACAAAUGGCUCAAGCUCAUGAAACGAAGCUCAACAUCAUUCAUUAGUCGAUAGAGACAUGCAAAUUAAACCCACAAGGAGUUACUACUUUACAGCCACCAGGAUGGCUGUGAUCAGACAAUAACGUGUUGACAAAAAAUGUUAAGAAACAGAAAUUCUCCUACAUUGCUGGUGGGAAUGUGAAGAAGUACACUUUGGAAAACAGUUUUGCAGUUUCUUAAAAGGUUAAAUAUAAAUUUUUCACAUGACCCUGCAAUUCCAUUCCUACCUAUUCAAGAGAAAUAAAACAUGUUCACACAAAGAUUCAUACAUUAAUGCUCAUAUCAGCAUUAUUCACAAUAGCCAUAAAGUGGAGGGAUCCUAAAUACACAUCAACUGGUGAAGGGAUAAACAAAAUGUGGUAUACUCAUAAUGGAAUACCAAUACUAACAAAAAAAGUGUAAAAUACACAUACAUUUUACAACAUGAAUAAACUUUAAGUACAUGCUAAGUGAAAGAAGCCAAACGCAAAGAUUACAUAUUAAAAUAUUCUAUUUAUAUGAAAUGUCCAGAAAAGGAAAAUCUAUAGUUACAGAAAAGUUAUUCAUGUUAGCUUAGGGUUGGGGUAGGAAUGAGGAUUAACUGUAAACAGAUAUGAAGGAUCUUAUUGGAGAGGAAAAAAUGCUCUAAAACUGGAUAUGUUGAUGGUUGCACAACUAGAUAAAUUUACU